GCACUAUUCACUGAGAUGGACACCCUCCAGCAGGAUGGAAAAGAAAUGGAGUGGAAAGAGGCAGCCAGAUGGAUUAAGUUUGAAGAGAAGGUGGAAGAAGGAGGGGAGCGAUGGAGUAAACCUCAUGUAUCAACUCUGACUUUGCAUAGCUUGUUUGAACUGCGCACUUGCCUGCAAACAGGAACCAUCCUAUUAGACCUUGAUGGUUACUUUCUGCCACAAAUCAUAGAUAAUGUCAUUGAAAAACAAAUAGAAAAUGGCCUUCUAAAGCCAGAGCUGCGAGAGAAAAUAAGCUACGUGCUCCUGAGGAAGCACCGACAUCAGAUGAAGAAAUCCAUCCACCGAUCCUUGGCAGACAUCAGCAAAUCUGUCUCAAGCAUAAAUCGUAGCCCUGUCCAGAGUCCAGCUAAAGGAGCUGGCUUUUACCGCUCUUCUGAAGAUCUCAGAAUAAGACAGAACUCAAGUUAUGGGCGAUUACGCCACGCACAAAGCCGAAGCAUGAAUGACAUCCUGGACACUCCAAGCACAGCCCAGCUCAGAAACAAAUUCAUGAAGAAGAUCCCAAAAAACGCUGAAGCCUCAAACGUUCUGGUGGGAGAAGUGGAUUUCCUGGACAAACCAUUUGUGGCCUUUGUCCGGCUUAUGCGGUCCAGCCUGUUGGGUGGAGUGACAGAAGUGCCAGUUCCAACCAGAUUCCUCUUUAUCCUCCUGGGUCCCUCUGGAAAAGCAAAAUCCUACAAUGAAAUUGGCCGAGCCAUUGCUACCCUCCUGGUAGAUGAUCUAUUCAGUGAUGUUGCCUACAAAGCGAGAGACAGAGAAGAUCUGAUAGCAGGACUAGAUGAGUUUUUGGAUGAAGUCACGGUUCUUCCUCCGGGCGGGUGGGAUCCAAACGUUCGGAUAGAGCCACCCAAGAAAGUGCCCUCUGCAGAGAAGAGAAAAUCUGUGUUUUCUCUGAGUGAAGCAACCCAGAUGAAUGGUGCAGCUGGUGGAGCAGCAGGAGGUGGGGACGGUGGUGGGGACAGGGGCAGUGGAGAAGUGCCCACUGUCCAUGACAUUGGAGAGGAGCUGGUCUGGACUGGACGGUUUUGUGGAGGGCUGUAUUUGGAUCUCAAGAGGAAACUGCCCUGGUUCCCCAGUGACUUCUACGAUGGCUUCCACAUUCAGUCGAUCUCUGCCAUGCUCUUCAUCUACCUGGGCUGCAUCGCCAAUGCCAUCACAUUUGGUGGCUUGUUGGGGGAGGCUACUGAGAACUACCAGGGUGUUAUGGAGAGCUUCCUGGGAACAGCAAUUGCAGGUUCCGUAUUCUGCUUGUUGGCAGGGCAACCCCUCAUCAUCCUGAGCAGCACAGGGCCCAUCCUCAUCUUUGAAAAGCUGCUUUAUGAUUUCAGCAAAGGUAACAGUAUUGACUAUCUGGAGUUCCGCCUCUGGAUUGGCUUGCACUCGGCUGCCCAGUGCCUUAUUCUGGUGGCUACAGACGCUAGCUUCAUAAUUAAAUACAUCACUCGCUUCACUGAAGAGGGGUUCUCCACUCUGAUUAGCUUCAUCUUCAUCUAUGAUGCCAUCAAAAAAAUGAUUGGAGCCUUUAAGGUCUACCCUAUCAAUGCAGACUACAACCCAGACUACGUGACGAUGUAUAAAUGUGAAUGCACAGCUCCAGAUGCAGCAAAUGCAACAUUUUUCAAUGCUUCAGUUCCAUUGGUACCAAACAACGCUAACAUUUCUAUGUAUAAUCCUAUGAACAUAACAGUUCUGGACUGGACUCAGUUGAGCAGAAAGGAAUGCCUGAAAUAUGGAGGAAGUCUGGUGGGGACAUCUUGUAAAUUUGUCCCUGAUUUGGCCCUCAUGUCCUUCAUUCUCUUCUUUGGAACGUAUUCCAUGACACUGACUCUGAAAAAGUUCAAGUUUAGUCGCUACUUCCCAUCUAAGGUCAGGGGCCUAAUUGCUGAUUUUUCCAUUGUCUUCUCCAUCUUGUUCUUCUGUGGAAUAGAUGUCUGUUUUGGACUGGAUACUCCCAAGUUGCAUGUGCCCAAUAUCAUUAAGCCCACACGCCUAGAUCGAGGAUGGUUUGUGUUCCCCUUUGGGAAAAAUCCUUGGUGGAUCUACUUGGCAAGUGCACUGCCAGCUCUCUUGGUCACCAUCCUGAUCUUCAUGGAUCAGCAAAUUACAGCAGUCAUCGUGAACAGAAAGGAACACAAGCUGAGGAAAUCUGGAGGCUACCAUCUGGACUUGUUCUGGGUGGGUGUCCUCAUGGCAGUGUGUUCUUUCAUGGGGCUACCCUGGUAUGUGGCAGCCACUGUAAUUUCCAUAGCACACAUUGAUAGUUUGAAGAUGGAGACAGAGACCAGCGCACCAGGGGAACAGCCACAGUUCCUAGGGGUGAGGGAGCAGAGAGUCACAGGGAUUAUUGUCUUCGUACUGACUGGGAUUUCGGUCUUCCUGGCACCUGUUCUCAAGUAUAUCCCCAUGCCAGUCCUGUAUGGAAUCUUUCUCUACAUGGGAGUGGCCUCACUCAAUGGCAUUCAGUUUUGGGAGCGCUGCAAACUCUUCUUGAUGCCAGCCAAGCACCAACCAGAUUAUGUCUACCUGCGUCAUGUGCCCCUUCGAAAAAUCCAUUUGUUUACUACCAUUCAGAUUGUCUGCUUGGCCAUCCUCUGGAUCCUGAAAUCCACUGUGGCAGCCAUUAUCUUCCCUGUGAUGAUUUUAGCCUUGAUUUUAGUCCGGAAGAUGUUGGACUUUGUCUUUUCCCAACAUGAUCUGGCUUGGAUUGAUAACAUCAUUCCUGAAAAAGAGAAGGUGGAUGACAAGAAGAAGGAAAAGAAGAAGAAGGACCAAAGAACUGAGGAGGAGCACCCUGAUGAGCCCAAAUUUCCCUCUGUUAUAACAAUCCCAUUGGAACCUGUCUUGCCUGAACCCCCAAACAGUAUCCAUUGCAUUUCCAGAGAAAAAUCUUCCAGUUGGAGUUUUGCAUUCUGAUUCUUCCCCUAACAAUUCUGAUCCAGAUCACAGCAUUACACUUCACUUGAAGAUUUCCUGCCCAUCUUCUCCUGCCUUUAGCUAUUCCCGAAACCCCAUCUGUGCUGUACCCCAGG